UUUAAAUUACCUUCCUUUCAUUUAUCCUUCAUCUUUCUUAUGUGGAUAUGCAAGCGAGAAGAGGAGCUUGGACAUUCCCAACAUGCUCACUCCCUUAAUCCGAUCGUCUAGAGGUUUGGCUUCUACAAACCAAGGGAGUCGACGAGUUGAAGAUGAAGCCCAGAGCAGAGUGCUGUUCACCCAAGUUUUGGCUGGUGUUGGCUGUCCUGGCCGUGUCAGGCAGCAGAGCGCGUUCUCAGAAGAGCCCCCCCAGCAUUGGCAUCGCUGUCAUCCUCGUGGGCACUUCAGACGAGGUGGCCAUCAAGGAUGCCCACGAGAAAGAUGACUUCCAUCAUCUCUCUGUGGUGCCCCGUGUGGAGCUAGUAGCCAUGAAUGAGACCGAUCCAAAGAGCAUCAUCACCCGUAUCUGUGACCUCAUGUCGGACCGAAAGAUCCAGGGGGUGGUGUUUGCUGACGACACUGACCAGGAAGCCAUCGCCCAGAUCCUUGACUUCAUUUCAGCCCAGACUCUCACCCCCAUCCUGGGCAUCCACGGGGGAUCCUCUAUGAUCAUGGCAGACAAGGAUGAAUCCUCCAUGUUCUUCCAGUUUGGCCCAUCUAUUGAACAGCAAGCUUCCGUGAUGCUCAACAUCAUGGAGGAGUAUGACUGGUACAUCUUUUCUAUCGUCACCACCUACUUCCCUGGCUACCAGGACUUUGUGAACAAGAUUCGCAGCACCAUUGAGAACAGCUUUGUGGGCUGGGAGCUAGAGGAAGUCCUCUUGCUGGACAUGUCCCUGGAUGAUGGAGAUUCCAAGAUUCAGAACCAGCUCAAGAAACUUCAAAGCCCCAUCAUUCUUCUUUAUUGUACUAAGGAAGAGGCCACCUACAUCUUUGAAGUGGCUAACUCAGUAGGGCUGACUGGCUGUGGCUACACGUGGAUUGUGCCUAGUCUGGUGGCAGGGGAUACAGACACAGUGCCCUCGGAGUUCCCCACCGGGCUCAUCUCUGUGUCCUAUGAUGAAUGGGACUAUGGCCUCCCUGCCAGAGUGAGGGAUGGAAUUGCCAUAAUCACCACCGCUGCUUCUGACAUGCUGUCUGAGCACAGCUUCAUCCCGGAGCCCAAGAGCAGUUGUUACAACACCCAUGAGAAGAGGAUCUACCAGUCCAAUAUGCUGAAUAGGUAUCUGAUCAAUGUCACUUUUGAGGGGAGAAAUCUGUCCUUCAGUGAAGAUGGCUACCAGAUGCACCCGAAACUGGUGAUAAUCCUUCUGAACAAGGAGAGGAAGUGGGAGAGGGUGGGGAAGUGGAAAGACAAGUCCCUGCAGAUGAAGUACUAUUUGUGGCCCCGAAUGUGUCCUGAGACGGAAGAGCAGGAGGAUGACCAUCUGAGCAUCGUAACGCUGGAGGAGGCUCCGUUUGUUAUUGUGGAGAGUGUGGACCCUCUGAGUGGAACCUGCAUGAGGAACACAGUCCCCUGCCAAAAACGCAUCGUCUCCGAGAAUAAAACAGAUGAGGAGCCAGGUUACAUCAAAAAAUGCUGCAAGGGCUUCUGUAUUGACAUCCUUAAGAAAAUUUCCAAAUCUGUGAAGUUCACCUAUGACCUUUACCUGGUCACCAAUGGCAAGCAUGGGAAGAAAAUCAAUGGAACCUGGAAUGGUAUGAUUGGAGAGGUGGUCAUGAAGAGGGCCUACAUGGCGGUGGGGUCACUCACCAUCAACGAGGAGCGAUCUGAGGUGGUCGACUUCUCUGUGCCCUUCAUAGAGACCGGCAUCAGUGUCAUGGUGUCACGCAGCAAUGGGACUGUCUCACCAUCUGCCUUCUUAGAGCCCUUCAGUGCUGACGUCUGGGUGAUGAUGUUUGUGAUGCUGCUCAUUGUCUCAGCUGUGGCUGUCUUUGUCUUUGAGUACUUCAGCCCUGUGGGUUAUAACAGGUGCCUCGCUGAUGGUAGAGAGCCAGGGGGCCCAUCUUUUACCAUUGGCAAAGCUAUUUGGUUACUGUGGGGCCUGGUGUUUAACAACUCCGUCCCGGUGCAGAACCCAAAGGGGACCACCUCCAAGAUCAUGGUGUCAGUAUGGGCCUUCUUCGCUGUCAUCUUCCUGGCCAGCUACACUGCCAACUUAGCUGCCUUCAUGAUCCAAGAGGAGUAUGUAGACCAGGUUUCUGGCCUGAGUGACAAAAAGUUCCAGAGACCUAAUGACUUCUCACCCCCUUUUCGCUUUGGGACGGUGCCCAAUGGCAGCACAGAGAGGAAUAUUCGCAAUAACUACGCAGAAAUGCAUGCCUACAUGGGAAAGUUCAACCAGAGGGAUGUGGAUGAUGCAUUGCUCUCCCUGAAAACAGGGAAACUGGAUGCCUUCAUCUAUGAUGCAGCAGUGCUCAACUACAUGGCAGGCAGAGACGAAGGCUGCAAGCUGGUGACCAUUGGCAGCGGGAAGGUCUUUGCUUCCACUGGGUAUGGCAUUGCCAUCCAAAAAGAUUCUGGGUGGAAACGCCAGGUGGACCUUGCUAUCCUGCAACUCUUUGGAGAUGGGGAGAUGGAGGAGCUGGAAGCUCUCUGGCUCACUGGCAUUUGCCACAAUGAGAAGAACGAGGUCAUGAGCAGCCAGUUGGACAUUGAUAACAUGGCAGGAGUCUUCUACAUGUUGGGAGCAGCCAUGGCUCUCAGCCUUAUCACCUUCAUCUGUGAACACCUUUUCUAUUGGCAGUUCCGGCACUGCUUUAUGGGUGUCUGUUCCGGCAAGCCUGGCAUGGUCUUCUCCAUCAGCAGAGGUAUCUACAGCUGCAUCCAUGGAGUGGCUAUCGAGGAGCGUCAAUCCGUGAUGAAUUCCCCGACCGCGACCAUGAAUAACACCCACUCCAACAUCCUGCGCCUGCUUCGCACGGCCAAGAACAUGGCCAACCUGUCCGGGGUGAACGGCUCGCCGCAGAGCGCCCUGGACUUCAUCCGCCGCGAGUCCUCCGUCUACGACAUCUCCGAGCACCGCCGCAGCUUCACGCAUUCCGACUGCAAGUCCUACAACAACCCGCCCUGCGAGGAGAACCUCUUCAGCGACUACAUCAGCGAGGUGGAGAGGACUUUCGGCAACCUGCAGCUGAAGGACAGCAACGUGUACCAGGACCACUAUCACCACCACCACCGGCCCCACAGCAUCGGCAGCACCAGCUCCAUCGACGGGCUCUACGACUGUGACAACCCGCCCUUCACCGCCCAGCCGCGCUCCGUCAGCAAGAAGCCCCUGGACAUCGGCCUCCCCUCCUCCAAGCACAGCCAGCUCAGUGACCUGUACGGCAAGUUCUCCUUCAAGGGUGACCGCUACGGUGGCCACGACGACCUGAUCCGCUCCGACGUGUCCGACAUCUCCACCCACACCGUCACCUACGGCAACAUCGAGGGCAACGCGGCCAAGAGGCGCAAGCAGCAGUACAAGGACAGCCUGAAGAAGCGGCCGGCCUCGGCCAAGUCCCGCCGGGAGUUCGACGAGAUCGAGCUGGCCUACCGCCGCCGGCCGCCCCGCUCCCCGGACCACAAGCGCUACUUCAGGGACAAGGAAGGGCUACGGGACUUCUACCUGGACCAGUUCCGCACCAAGGAGAACUCGCCUCACUGGGAGCACGUGGACCUGACCGACAUCUACAAGGAGCGGAGCGACUCGGUCAGCGGAGGCGGGCCCUGUACCAACAGGUCUCACCUCAAACACGGGGCCGGGGACAAACACGGCGUGGUCGGCGGGGUCCCGGCGCCUUGGGAGAAGAACCUGACCAACGUGGAGUGGGAGGACCGCUCCGGGGGCAACUUCUGCCGCAGCUGCCCCUCGAAGCUGCACAACUACUCCUCGUCGGUGGGAGGGCAGAACUCGGGGCGGCAGGCGUGCAUCCGCUGCGAGGCUUGCAAGAAAGCGGGCAAUCUGUAUGACAUCAGCGAGGACAACUCCCUGCAGGAGCUGGACCAGCCGGCGGCCCCGGUGGCCGUGACGUCCAACGCCUCCACCACCAAGUACCCCCAGAGCCCCACCAACUCCAAGGCCCAGAAGAAGAACCGGAACAAGCUCCGCCGGCAGCACUCCUACGACACCUUCGUGGAUCUGCAGAAGGAAGAAGCCGCCUUGGCCCCACGCAGUGUGAGCCUGAAAGACAAGGGCCGGUUCGUGGAUGGGAGUCCCUACGCCCACAUGUUUGAGAUGCCAGCUGGCGAGAGCACCUUUGCCAACAACAAGUCCUCAGUGCCCACUGCCGGACACCACCACAACAACCCCGGCGGCGGCUACAUGCUCAGCAAGUCGCUCUACCCUGACCGGGUCACGCAAAACCCUUUCAUCCCCACUUUUGGGGACGACCAGUGCUUGCUCCAUGGCAGCAAAUCCUACUUCUUCAGGCAGCCCUCGGUGCCAGGGGCGCCAAAAGCCAGGCCGGACUUCCGCGCCCUUGUCACCACCAAGCCAGUGGUCUCGGCCCUUCAUGGGGCUGUGCCAGGCCGUUUCCAGAAAGACAUCUGUAUAGGGAACCAGUCCAACCCCUGUGUGCCUAACAACAAAAACCCCAGGGCUUUCAAUGGCUCCAGCAAUGGUCAUGUUUAUGAGAAACUUUCUAGUAUUGAGUCUGAUGUCUGA